AUGAAGAGCGUAUUUCUCACCGUUUCAUUCGCAGCCCUAGUUGCCGCUCUUCCCCAGGACGGCUAUGGAUAUGGGUACGUCACGAGGGUGACCACCAGAGUUACCCCAACCCCUAGACCAACUACUACUAGCAGUUGCACCAUCACAAUCUGUGCAGACUACAUCAACUCCUGUAGUAUGGGCUAUGGUGGAUGCUACCCUGCUUGCCCUGGUCUCCCAACCCCAACAUUCACUCCACCACCAUGUCCAACAACCACAAAGAAGCCCACCAAGACUACAAGCAAGAAACCAUGUCAAACAAUUUGCGUCGAUGCCGUAAAUGAGUGUGGUAUCAAAUACGGCGGCUGUUAUUGCAGCGAAGAACCCUUCCCAUACACCAAGCCACCAUGUCCAUCUAAAACCACAGCAAAGCCAACUCCAACUCCUGCUGGCCCAAGAAAAUGUGGUGGUCUCCAGGGGCUCCAAUGCAAAAAGGGCGAGACCUGCAUCGAUGAUCCAAAGAGCCCCUGUGGUAUUGCUGUUGAUUGUCUUGGUAUUUGUAUCGUUGAACAGUUCUGUGGUGGAUUCGCUGGAUUUGCAUGCAAGAACAAGGGCGAUGUCUGCAUUGACGACCCAAGAGAUGACUGUGAUCCUAAGAAGGGUGGUGCUGACUGCGGUGGCCUUUGCGUUCCCAAAUCUUGGGCUUAA